UUUGUUUUAAAAUGUGGACUAAGUUAUUUUAUAUUUUAGCAACUUUUCAAAUAAUAUUUGCAAAACAUGGUUUUGGGCCAACGGAUCAAGAUUGGGGGCAUAUAGCCGCAAGGGAUGGAGCUUACAUAUUUUGGUGGCUCCACUACACCACCGCAAAUGUAACUAAUUACGCUGAUAAACCACUCAUAAUAUGGCUACAGGGAGGCCCCGGUAGUUCUUCCACUGGUUACGGAAAUUUCGCUGAACUGGGGCCUCUUGAUGUUGAUUUAAAACCUAGAGGUACCAGUUGGGUACAAUGGGCCAAUAUUUUAUUUGUAGAUAACCCCGUUGGAACUGGUUUUGGAUAUGUUGAAGACAAUUCGUUACUUGCAAAAAGCAACACCGAAAUUGCCAAAGAUUUUUUGGUUUUCUUAAAGGGAUUUCUGGAUAAAGUUCCGAUAUUUAAGGGCGUUCCUAUGUACAUAUUUUGCGAAUCUUAUGGUGGUAAAAUGACAGCCGAAAUCGCUCUAAUUAUUGAUGAAGCUAGAAGAAAGAAUGAAAUUGACGCUAAUUUAAAAGGAAUCGGUUUAGGUGAUUCCUGGAUAUCUUCAGGAGAUUCGAUCUUAGGUUAUGCUCCUUUUUUAUACAGCUUGGGCAGAAUAGAUAAAGAUGGUUACAACCAAAUUAUAAAAGUAGCAAAGGAAAUUAAAUCGUAUCUUAAUAAAAACGAGUCACUUGAUGCGGAACAACUAUGGGGCACAGUAAAUGAAGCUGUAUUUGAUAGCACAUACGGAAUUGAUUCUUACAAUAUUCUUACUAAAAUAGCACCAGAAACUGCCGGAAAGAAUUAUUUAUCUAGAGGCGGUUUGUACCAUUUAACAGAUGAUGAGGAAACUAAAUUAUUGGCCGUUAUGAAUGAUAAAGUAAAACCAGCAUUAAAUUUAACGCAAACGUGGUCAGACGGAAAUGGAGAGAUAUAUCAAGCGUUGAUUUCAGAUUUCAUGAGUCCAGUCACGACAAUCGUAGAAAGGCUUUUGAAUGAAACAGAUAUGACAGUUGCAGUUUAUAACGGACAAUUGGAUUUCAUUGUUGAUACGCCAGGAACAUACAGUUGGGUCGAAAACCUUCAUUUUGAUGGAAAACAGUUGUGGGAAGCAGCAAGUCGAAAUGGUUUUGAUGUGAAUGGUUAUUAUGAAGGAUACGUAAAGAAAUAUGGAAAAUUUGCAUUUUAUUGGGUAGAUCGCGCCGGACAUAUGGUGCCCAAAGAUAAUCCUUCUGCCAUGUAUUACAUAUUGAAGGAUGUAACAAACAAUUUUAAAAUAUAGAUUAGGUACAUUCCUAAAAUACAAUGAUGCAUUUAUUGUAGAAAUCUUAUCAAUCUUUAGAUAUUAGAUACUAAAUAUUGAUUGUUCUUAAUAUUGUUUUUUCCUGCACACACUCUUAUGC